AUGGUAGGCAAAUUGGGAUCAUUUCAAGAGCAAAGCAGAGAGAGGCUUGUCUCGCAGAAAGGAUACUCAGAUUUCGGUUUGGAUGACUCCAAUCAUCGGUGUUUCGAGGACUGCGGGAUCACCAAAUUGUACGAGAUGGGACGUUCUGAUAAUCGGAAGCUCUUUUUCGCCGUCAAGAUGGGAAUGGCUCUUGCCCUAUGCUCUGUAAUCAUCUUCCUCAAAGGGCCGCUGCAUGAUGUCAGUAAAUACUCUGUAUGGGCCAUCCUUACUGUCGUCGUCGUUUUCGAGUAUUGCGUAGGAGCUACUUUGGUCAAAGGAUUCAACAGGGCUAUAGGCACAUUCUCUGCAGGAGGGCUUGCUCUUGGCAUCGCGAGGCUCUCCGUUUUAUCAGGGGAUUUCGAGAAAAUCAUUAUCAUAAUCUGCAUUUUCCUUUCAGGUUUUAGUGCUAGUUAUUUGAAACUCCACCCAGCCAUGAAGCCGUAUGAAUAUGCAUUCAGGGUGUUCUUGUUGACAUACUGUAUCGUUCUGGUUUCGGGGAACAACACCGGAGAUUUCUUCAGCACGGCGUAUUAUAGGUUUUUGUUUAUUGUGCUUGGUGCAACCAUAUGUUUGGUUUUGAAUAUAUUCAUAUUUCCAACAUGGGCCGGUGAAGAUCUCCAUAAACUGGUAGCUAAUAAUUUCAAGAGUGUGGCAAAUUCCCUUGAAGGAUGUGUUAACGGUUACUUGCAAUGUGUCGAAUACGAGAGAGUACCAUCGAAGAUACUCACGUACCAAGCCUCAGAUGAUCCAUUAUACAACGGGUACAGAUCCGCUGUUCAAUCUACAAGUCAAGAAGAAUCUCUGCUCGAAUUUGCCACAUGGGAACCUCCACAUGGACCAUACAAAACGUUUAACCAUCCCUGGAAAAACUAUGUCAAACUUAGUGGUGCAGUAAGGCAUUGUGCUUUCAUGGUCAUGGCAAUGCAUGGUUGCAUUCUUUCAGAGAUACAGGCAGCUCCAGAGAAAAGACAGGCUUUCCGUCACGAGCUUGAAAGAGUUGGCAAUGAAGGAGCAAAGGUUCUGCGAUUGAUCGGAGAAAAAGUUGGAAAAAUGGAGAAGCUAAACUCUAGAGAGAUUCUAAAGGACAUUCAACGUGCAGCAGAGGAACUACAAAUGAAAAUAGACAAUAAAUCUUACCUUCUUGUCAACUCAGAAAGUUGGGCAGCCAUUAAAGAGCAAGCUGAAGCAGAAGAAGCUCGAGAAGACGAUGAGACCAAAGUGAUAAAAUCGCUAAGUCAGAUCUGGGAUACAAACAGUAGCAACAAUCAGAAUCCAGCUAGUGGCAAUGAAUCUCAGACAUGGAUAUCAACAGAGAGUAUGAUGUUAAGGAACCGCGAGACGUGGCCAAGUGUGUCUUUCAUUGGUGGUUCUAUGGUGAAUGAAAUAGAAUGUAAAGUAUACGAAAGUGCAAGUUCUUUGUCUUUGGCUACGUUUGCUUCCCUUCUCAUCGAGUUUGUUGCGAGGUUGCAGAACGUUGUGAAUGCCUUUGAGGAACUAAGCACGAAGGCAGAUUUCAAAGAUCCGGUUCCUAUUAGCAUAGUAUAUCAAGUGGGAUUAUGGACCAGGUUCAAGAGAUGCUUUAGCAGAAACCCAAGCUGA